AUGGUCAGUUGGGAUACGAGAGCAGACAAAGCUGAUAAACCUGCUCAUUCAGUUAUUGCGCAUCAAAGCGAAGUUAAUACGGUUUCGUGGAAUCCAAUAAACGAACACAUUUUAGUUACUGGGGCUGGAGAUAAGACCCUUAACCUGUGGGAUCUUCGAAACCUCAAAAUUAAACUUCACACGUUAGUUCAUCAUCAAGGGGAAGUCUUGCAAGUUGAGUGGUCACCUCAUGAUGAAACAAUAUUAGCAUCCGCAGGAGGAGAUAGAAGGGUUAAUAUAUGGGAUUUAAGUCGGAUCGGAGCAGAACAAACUGCUGAAGAUGCAGAUGAAGGUCCGCCAGAACUAUUGUUUAUGCACGGGGGUCAUACUAACAAAAUAUCUGACUUCAGUUGGAAUCCUCACAUACCAUGGGUAAUUGCUAGUACUGCAGAAGACAACAUAAUUCAAGCAGCAAACAUCUAUUCUAUUGAUGAUAGAGAAAUUCCUCCUGAAGAAUUAGAAGAUUAG